AAUUGUUCCACAAUGGAUUAAUCGCUAGCCUUUAGGUUAGAUCUUGCCAGUUUCAGACUAGACUAAAGGACUAUCUAUCAAAGAUGAAGGUACAGACGUACAUGCGAGCUAUAUAUUUUAAUUUUAAGAUGAAAUGAUAAUGGAUUUAUCUUAGAGAACCUUUCAAAACGUGAAAAAUGUCAACACUGCAAAUCUCUCAACAAGCAAUUGUCAUUCCGAAAAAUCUUCAAACCGCGGGAGCGGCACCAAAACGACCCCUGAGACCGCAAAGAACAGAAAUUAGUCAGAUAUACGAACGUUCGAGCACCGAAAAUCUCAUCAACAGAAAAAAUACCUCAUCAAAACUCGAGCCAAUAGACAAUGAACUUCUGUCUUUAGAUUUAUUGAAUCAGUAUAAUGACAUUGUUGGACCUAAAGAAAGUCUGGCUUUUAAAAGGCUUCCUCCGGUAAAGGUUUCAUAUCAGACGACAAAGCAUAAAUUUAUAGAGUCUCCACGUGUAGAAGGUUCAAGUCGUAUCAUUUGUCCGCAUUUAUCAAUGAAAACGUAUUCACCAGGACAUCAUAUAUUUACUGAAGGAAUCAGUAAAAGUAGCAUUACUCGUAGCCCUACAUUUUCUCUACAACAGGUCGGUGUUCCCUAUUCGAACUUACCAGACAAUAUUUCCAUAUACAAAGAAAAAGACAAGUUUGCAUUUGGUGUGAAGAGUGACGAAUAUGAAAAGUCCCCGUACAGACUAACGCCGAAACCGUUCAAACUAGGAAGUGCUACGUUCAUCCCAGCACUUGAAGCAGACAUCGAAAAAACAAAUAGCACAAGUAGCACAUAUCGUAAAACUAAACGCGGUUCAAGAUCGUAUCCUGAAAGACAAUCUUUAGAGAUAAAGAGCAAUGUUAUAAAGUUACAACCACUUGUUACCAAAGAUGAGAAGGAUAGUAAAUACGAUUUUAAGAAUAAAUCAGAGUUCAGCACUGAUAUAGUCAAAGUUCCAGGUGGCUUUACAAGGCCUGCCAAAUCACCAUUGGCCCCAAGUAAUAGUUUUUAUUUAACAGGAACUGAAACGGAAGCAAAAGUAAACACAAACGAUGCGGAGGUCGAAGAAAGGCAUGAAGAAAAAAUCAGUGCAAAAAUUGAUACGCCUAAAAGAAAACUAAGUGUUGUUUCGAUCGGCGAAACUGUUGGUCCCAGCUUUUAUGAUAGUAAAAAAAGAGAGGCGAGACAAUUAUAUCCUAUGUAUGACCACACCAGCAAAAAGAAUGAAAACCUGCGACGACAAAAGUUCGAAUACAAUGAAGAUUUUAUCUUUAAAGCAAAACCAAAAGUACCUUCUUCAACAUUUACUUACAAGGUAAGCACACAAGGUAUGGCUUUUCUACAGGACAACCCUGCAGACAGAUUUAAACCAAUCAAAAACAACCUGUACGACAAACACGGGAACGUUAUUCAUAAACAGAGAGGACUGGGAAGAUACCGGCCAGCUGACUGCGACGAAGAUGUAGCAAAAAGUAGCAGUGACUACAACUUUCGCAGGUACUAUAAACGAGCUUUCCGUCGACCAAAGUCCUCGGAGUCUCAGGGUACCGAUUUUUCUCAGUUGCCAGGUAAUCCCCCGCCUUCAGAGAUAAGUCAUAUAUUUUCUGAAGACGCCCCGUUAUUUGUAAAUGAUGUAAGAAAUGGAAUGGUCACUUUAAUUGAAGAGAGAACAAUGACGGCGGCAUCUGUUAUUUCUCCAAGAAAAGAUAACACACCUGUGGGCGAGGUUAGGGACGAUAAUCGAAAUACGAAUGAAAUUUCUGAAAAAGCCGAGUCUAAAUUAACGAACAUUGAGGACACUGAGACAUGUACAGAUACUGAUAUUCAAUUCGAAAAUGCUAUCAGGUCUAUUGAGAGACAACAAGAGCAAGAAAUCGAAACUGCAAGAACAGAAAUUGGCAAAAAUUCUGAAUUUGAAAGUGCUUUAGGACAUAUUGAAAUGAUAAGGGAAUCGGAAAGAGACAUUCCAGCCAACGACAAUUCGUCUAAAGGUGACAGUAGUGUGGCAGAACAGUAUAUAGCUGAAGCUGAAGAACGUAUUAAACAUAUUUCAAAAGCUGAAGAAAAUGAAAAACAAACCGUGCAUACCUCUAGCAUUGAUUUCAUUUCAGAAUCAAACAAAACAAUAAGACUAGAUACAAUUGAUGAAAAUCAGACUGACAAAAAGAAAGUUCAACCAAAGAUCAAAGCCGGUGGAAACAAACAGUUCCUUGCUGUACCAAAGCUGUGUCUUGAUUCAAUAGACCCUUGUCCUUCUUUACAGCUGACGAAAGAGAGAACAAGUUUAUCCAGAUCAAUACAAAAUAUGACCCUGCCGGAAGAAAAGCAACGGAAUAAUGUAACAAAUAUUGCAACGAACAUGGAUUUUACAUCUGAAAUAAACACUGGAAAGGAAAACAAGACAAGCUUACCAGUGACAAGAUUGCGUCUUUUCUCAGAUAGUUCUACGCUGUCUGUAGAGACACCAUUGGUAAAUUUAAUGGAUGAAAAUGGAGACUUGUACGAGGUGUAUGAAAAUGGACAUAGUGAGCCAAAGGUUACAGAUGAAUCUACGAAAGAAAAGAAGGUUCUUAACAAUGCUAAUGUAGCAUUUAUAUAUCCAUCAACAAGUGAGGUGAGAGCUAAGAGACAGUGAAAUCCUGUUCGUGUGUUUAUAGUGACUAAUGUUAGCCUGGUUCCAUACGGAAUAGGCCAGGAACACAGAGAUGAUGAUGCUUUUACUGUCAGUGUAUUGAAUUAAUUUCGGACAUGUCAGAUUGAAUAAAGAUGCCGAAUAUUGUUGCGUACACGGUAUUAUACCAUAUUCUUCCACUGUCCCAAAAUAGGGAGUACUUUAAACAUUUAUUAAUGUUUAUCAAAUCACUGUGUUAUAUAUACUUUUGAUAAAAGACGACAGACGUUGAACAAUGUUCGAAGAACGAUGAUCAUUUAAUAAUUCCAAAAUUUACUCGUCAAAUGUAUAGCUAUAUGUUGUCAACUACAUUUACACUGAGAAACUCUGAGCAGAUUUUCCGCUUUAAAAAAAAAUAAUGUAACAUUCAUUUCAUUACUUUUUUUAUUCGUUUAUUUGCAGUUUAUAAUUUGCUGCUUAGAAAAAAUGUGAAUAAAAGAUAUCUUUGUUUAA